CUAUGAGAUUAUCUACCGUUACUUUAUUGGCCACUGGUGUCGCCGUUGUUGCUGCCGCUGAUGUCACUGUCACCUCUACUGCUGCCGUUUCUGCCGCCGCCUCUAAGGCUGACUCUGCUGUCUCUGCUGCCACCUCCAAGGUUGCCUCUGCUGUCUCUGCUGCCACCUCUAAGGCUGCCUCUGCCGUUUCUGCUGCCACCUCUAAGGUUGCUUCUGCUGCCUCUGCCGGUUCUUCUGCCGCCUCCUCUGCCGCUUCUUCCUCCUCCAAGGCUGGUGCUGCUCAGGUCGGUGCUGGUUCCGCCGCUUUGUUCGGUUUGGCCGGUUUGGUUUUGUUGUAAGCUUACAACCCGUUUUUAAUUCUUGCUUGGUCUGAUUGUAUCAUGGCCUAAGCUUUAAUUGUACAAGUCAAGUUAUGCAA